AUGGCCGCCGAGUACCAGCGCAUCCGCGCCGACCCGUCGUCCCGGCCGUGGUGCAGCGCCAUCCGCGCCGUCGUCGCCCGCCACGCGCCGGCCCUCGCGCCCGUCACCGCCGCCGUCUGCCUCGGCAUAGGCUCCUUCGACCCCGCCGACGGGGCGUGGGAGGCCAAGCGCCGGUCCUACGUGCAGCUGCUGGGCCUGGCCGUCAUGCUCGACGAGCUGGAAAAGACGCACGGGCGCAGGAUACGCUGCACGUUCCAGGAACCCGUCUUCACCGCCGCCGAUGUCGAGUUCCUCACGUCGCUCGGACACGUCGUCGUCGAGGCCCCCGCCGCCUGCGAGGCGCUGACCCCGGACUCGCUGCUGUACGGCAUCCAUCUCUACAGGUCGCUGUACGCCGAGGCGCUGCAAGUCGCCCUGCCGGCUGUCUACGUGGGGACGGGCUGGGACGUAUGGGAUCAAAUGCUCCCUGGGGUCGACGACGGCCUGCAGGGCAUCGAGACCAUGCACAAGACAUACCACAAGGCGCCAUUCCCGCAGGAGGGCACGGCGUUUUCCAGCACCUGCUUGUAUUGGCGGAGAGACUGA